ACGUCACCGACAAAGCGACAAAGGUUUCUUCCAGGCUUCAGGAUGGCGGCCUCACGUCAGAGUGAGCGCGACGGGUUGUCUGAGCUGAGGAGAGAGCGGCAGCGAAAGGCCGGGAAAAUGGCUCCAUCUCCCACUAAACGUAAGGAGCGAUCAGAGGACAGAAAUAAAGAUCGGACCAAGGAAAAGGCUCCGACUAAAGAAGCUGGGGAGAAGGAUCGUGGGCGUGACAAGACUAGGAAGAGACGAAGCGCUUCAAGUGGCAGCAGUAGUAGCAGCUCCCGCUCUAGCUCUUCCUCUAGUUCCUCUUCUGGCUCAAGCUCCGGUUCUAGUUCAGGAUCCAGUUCGUCCUCUGCGUCCAGCCGCUCGGGAAGCUCCAGCUCAUCACGCAGCUCCAGCUCCAGCAGCUCCUCUGGAUCUCCCAGCCCUUCAAGACGUCGCCAUGACAACAGGAGACGUUCUCGAUCUAAAUCCAAGCAACCAAAGCGUGAUGAGAAGGAAAGGAAGAGAAGAAGCCCAAGCCCCAGACCUACGAAAGUGCACAUUGGGAGGCUAACUAGGAAUGUCACCAAGGAUCACAUUAUGGAAAUUUUUUCUACGUACGGGAAGAUUAAGAUGAUUGACAUGCCUUUAGACCGUACUCAUCUCCACCUUUCCAAGGGUUAUGCAUAUGUAGAGUUUGAAGCAGCUGAAGAAGCGGACAAGGCCUUGAAACAUAUGGAUGGAGGACAGAUUGAUGGACAAGAGAUUACAGCCUCUGCAGUGUUAACUCCGCGUCCUUUGCGAGUAAUGCCCCGAAGAUUCAGUCCGCCUCGCAGGAUGUUACCACCUCCCCCAAUGUGGCGUCGAUCUCCCCCACGUAUGAGGAGGAGGUCUCGUUCUCCACGAAGGCGUUCUCCUGUCCGCCGCCGCUCACGAUCUCCUGCACGUCGUCGUCACCGCAGUCGCUCCAGUUCAAACUCUUCACGAUGAGACUUUAAUCUGGCUCUCCUGCAACGCCCUUUCCAUACUCUCCAGAAACCAUAAGUUGACCAUGAUUCUUCAGCGUCAACUAUGUAAAUUUGUUACAGCUUUCACAACCCAACUGUUAAUAGUUGCACUGUUCUUUGGAUGGAUUUUUUUUUUUCCACCUUCCUGAUUAGAUACGUGACUCCAUUUACAGUGGCCCACACUGGAAAUACAUUUUUUUUUUAAUCUCUUAACAAAAUGUUUCUUAGCAGUAACUUUUGUCACCAUUUCAUGUUACCAGUUCAACAGAUAUUUUACUUUGGUUUGUGAGAAAACCAAAAUAAUCAGAUAUAAAGAAUUCUGUUCGUUCUUCCAUGGAACAGAUCUCCGAUUUAUUUUAUUUUCAAAUGUUAAACCAUGUAAAGCAGUGCGAGCAAUUAUAUGGUGCAAUUUUCUCAAUGCAUGCACCAGUGACCACAUUUGGAAUGGAACUUAUAAAAACCACAUCUGCAGACUGACAUCAAGAAACAUGGGCUUUUGUUUGUUUUGACCUCCACAACCAGAGCAGAGAAAGGAUUGGGGCCAAAUCUGUUUGAUAUCAUUUUUUUUUUUUUUUUAUGUUAAGCUAUUUCUGUUUUAUUAAACCCUAAAGUAAUGAGCAGGUAGUAUUUCUUUUAAAUGUACUGUUUUGGGGACUUGACUAAAUUUGAGUGGUUUGAUUGGGCCAAGCUGACUGCCAGUUGUUGGGCAGAAGCAAAAACAUAUUUGUUCUGUGCAGACGGUCUUGGCAAAGAUGAUGAAUUGUAUUACCUGCUGAUGCAAACUUGUAAACGUUGUUUGUUAGAGAGUAUGAAAAUGUAACUCUUGUACAGUUGAUUCUUGCUGAGUUAAUUCUUUUUAUUUUGUUCAUUUUGUAGUUUACAUUUUUUAACGUUUUCAAGUAUGAAGAAUGUAAAACUGUGGAAUAAAUGAAAAGUUAACUUUU